AUGACUUAUACCUCCUCCGAGUCUCGGGUCAUUAUGGAUACUCCACUGCGCGAACAAUAUGAUGCGCUCUUAGCCGAUGACGCAAUCACGUCCGACUAUUCUCGUUGGCGAGAGCUCAAGCGCCUCGUGAUUGUGCACGGUCUGCCCCGAGACGAGGCAUCGACUCUUGAUGCGAAUUCCAGUCUCUGCUCGUUGCGAGGGCGUGUGUGGAAGACCUUUUUAGGCGUGGAAAACGACGUCGAUAUGACGAAAUACGCAGCACUUGUCGGCCGCGGCGCCUCGCAUUAUGACGGCGAUAUUCGGAAUGAUACGUUCCGGACGUUUCGAGGCGACCCAGAGUUUGCUCAACGGGUGCCCGAGGAGAAACUAGUGCGACUGUUGAAUGUCUUUAUCAACGAAUUGGGGGCGAACCCGGGCAAGGAGAAAACACCGGAAGAAGGCGAACAGGUGCGCGAUGGCAAUUUGCCAUCGAUCAGAUACGUUCAAGGAAUGAAUGUGCUAUGUGCACCAUUGCUGUACGUCUUGCCCGAGGCAGAUGCGUACCACACUUUUUGCCAGCUUAUUGUCCGCCAUUGUCCACAUUAUAUGGCGGCUCGGCUACAAGGUGUGGAAAAGGGCUGCGCUCUUGUGGACAAAUGCCUCGAAACGUUGGACCCGGAUCUGUACCAGCACUUGUUUCGACGAGGCAUUACAGCGCGGAUAUAUGCUCUUCCACUGAUCUUGAGCCUAUUUGCUUGUGUACCGCCACUCCACGAGCUUCUUCGUGUCUGGGAUGUGCUUUUUGCAGUAGGCGUGCACUUUGUAGUCGUUUUAGCUGUCGCGCAUACGGUACUUCUCCGAGAACAACUGCUGCGAUUGGACAUGGACUUGAUGAAGGUGCUCAGCCUCCGAUGUGUGCCCCCUCUCCAGUCAGACUUGCUUAUUUCGAUCGCUUUGCAAUUGUUCCACCGUCUACCUGAUGACCUCUUGUACGAGAUUGCUCGGCACCCAUUUGCAAACCCAGACGCUCCAACCAGUUUGCCUUUCCAUCCGAAGACCGUAACCGCCAUCGCGACACAGAUUGAAAAAGAGCGGAAGGACCUGGCUAGGGGAUCGAGUCGGACAGACUCUACGGUCCUCGACUAG